AUGGAUAAAAAAAAUUGGAAGAAAAUAUUGGAUUGGAUUAAAAAAGAUCUCGUAAGGGUGACAAGUUUUGACUCUGAGUUCAACAUGACCUGUAAAGAAAAAGCACGAGAAAUCUUGGACAAUUGGAAGGAUUGGAUUACAUCGUAUGACGACUUUAUAAAUAGUGAUGACACUCACGCGCCUCUCGUGAAUAUGAAUAUGCGGGUAAAUACUAUAAAGCAACUUAACAGUCUGGCCGGAGCUUCAACACAAAAUAUCGAUAGUCGUCGUACAACUUCGGGAAAACGCUAUCGAAAUAGGGAAGAAACGGAAAAAGCUCCAACUCAAUUAAAAAAGAAGACACUUUCUAGCGGAAGUUCAACAGAAGGACCAGAUAUUCGGAACUAUUUCUUCUCGCAGAUUCGUACUGAGCAGAAUGAACAAGAUCAGCGACCUCGAACCCCGAACAUGAAAUUUAUUCAUCAAGUGCAUCUGGCGUUUCCAUGCCGCCUUGGAACCGAGAGCGAUAAUGAUGAGUCACAAGAACCUUGUGAUUUAGAUAUUGAUCCCAUAUCAGAUCACAAAUUACCUGACGAAUUAUGUGAGGAAAUGAAGGGUUUGAAUGCCAGCGAAUUGUUAAUUCGAAAUAAACUGCUUGAAAUUCUCCACCAAAACCAAUUCAAGGAUUUAAAAUCGGGCAAAACACUGAUGAGCUCGAAUUUCUUAAACGGAAUUAUAGAUGUGUCAGAUGCCAAUUUUAAGACAAUGAUUAAAUCGGAACUGAAUAAAUUGAACGAAGGACAACAAUGGUUUGAUAAGGUUCUCAGUAAACAAACAUGGAUUUUAACUCCUGAAUUUACCAAUUAUCGCAAUCAGUUCACGGACGAUGUAUGCAAUCGUAUGCAAUUACCCACUUUGGUACGCAAGUCCUUCGUCACAGAACGCUUUGAUCCCUUCGUUCACGAAGGGCAUGAUAUCGCGCAGGAUAUCAUGAAACACUUUUCAGUGCGGUUGGAAGCACCAUGCAAUAUAUAUUCAAAAGCGUCAAAAUUGGAAAGAACCUACGCGAUUGAUACGAUUAUAUACGUUAUGAAUAGAAUUUUCCGAAUGCAUUUUGAUGUUCUCGAUGGAAACUGGAUAGAAAUACUUACAAGUGAUACAAAGUCCCAUAAGAUCGAUGGUGUCUUGAAUGUUUUUCAAACAAAAAAGUUUAGACAGACAAUCAUAAUUAUAGAGUUUUCACACAGUCAAUACGCCUCAGCAGACAAGGAAACUGACGAUCAGGUGAAAUUGAGUCGAAACGCCAAGAGAAUUUUAAACAAAUUACUUGAUAGAGUCUCAUAUGAGCAAGCACGUGUUUAUACUAUUCAAAGUAUUAAUGGAAAUAUUAAUAUAAAAUAUAUGGUACGGCCUCUACCUUCUAUAUAUCUGUAUGAAGAAUUUGUUAGUAUAAAAAUACCUACGACUUUUGAUGAUAUGGAAGAAUUCGCCAAAAGUAUGUCAACCCUUAUGGAUUUUCAGACUGAUGUUUUGCAAACUGUUAAGCUAAUGAAUAAAAAACCUAUUGAAGGCAAAAAG